UUUACAAGCGACCGUAGUGUGGCGGAGAUCACACUCGACUUUGGUGGCUCGUGGCUCGUGGGUUUCUCUACCUGUUCCCCAAAAUAUUAAAAAAAAGGAUUGUUGUGGGGAAAAAAGAGGUUUCGGAUCCCUCUUGGCGUGAGCUACAUAGAAAAGGAAAAGUUUUUUUUUUUUUUUUUGUUUUUGUUAUCUUUUACAGCUGGGCAAGAGGAGAGUGAAAAAGUUGUCAAGUGACUAAGUUAUCCAGUAUGAACUUUCGUCGGAAACUCAGCACCACGAAGGCCGUGGGCGUGUGGGCGUGUCUGCUGCUGGUGUCCCUUCCGUGUUGCUUGGCUCAGAGGACCUCCAGCGUAGGAUUCAGCGUGAGGAAGUUGAAGACACCGUCGUUCCUCACCUUGGUCGGCCCCGCGCGAGUGAAGUUCCAGGACACGCUGACCAACCUCCACGGUGCCUGGGACGAGGAUGCUGGAGAAUUCGUGGCACCGAGAAACGGGGCUUAUUUCUUCACCUUCAACGGCAUUGGCACCAAGGACAGUGACUUCACCCUCGCCCUCAUGAAGAACGGCGAAUACCAAGUGACGGCGUACGGAGGGCCACCCAAGUACGAGUGGGCAGGUAACUCCGCCCUCCUGGUCCUCAACUGGGGUGACAAGGUGUACCUCGAACUCCAAGAUGGUAGUAUGUACGACCACCCGGGCAGAGAGGCCUAUACGACUUUCUCCGGAUUCUUGGUAUUUGAGUGGAAGUAAGGGGGGAGAGGGAGAGAAGGAGGGAGAGGGAGAGAAAGAGGGAGAUGAAGAG